CCUCAUCUUUUUAUAAAUAAUCGAUUUACCCUCGAACAGUUUCUUCUAGUCAAAUAGCAGCACAUCGUUCUCAUUACCGUUCUAAGAAGUAUAUCAAAAGUAUAUCAAAGAUCCACAGUAAAGAUGAGCAACCACCAAAGAAUCAGCGUCCUUGACGAGACACUCGCUGAUGGUCUACCAAGUGUUUCGAAGACGCUCUUCCAAGCUAAAGCUAGACACGGAUAUACGUUCGAGGAGCUUGCACAGAAACUAGGCCGCAGCGAAGUCGCGGUUGCUGCUUUAUUCUAUGGCCAAGCCCAGGCAUCCGAUGAAGAUAUCGAGAAGUUGACUGAAGCCCUCGGCCUCCAACAGGGGGAAUUACACUCGCUGUCACUUGGUUUCCCCAACCGAGGACGUGCGGGACCAAUGCCUCCCGUAGAGCCGCUCAUCUACAGAUUGUACGAAAUUGUACAAAACUAUGGAUAUGCUUUUAAGGCUGUCAUAAAUGAGAAAUUUGGAGACGGCAUCAUGAGUGCUAUUGCGUUCUCUACUAAGGUUGAGAAGGAGGUCGAUAGUGAUGGAGUCGCCUGGGUCAAUAUUACGCUCCGAGGAAAAUGGUAAGUGAACUUCAAUUCAGCACCAUACAUGUCGUUUUGAGGAAGUUACUUACAUUGCAUAGGCUGCCGUUUACUCGGUUCUGAUUUGAUGGUGCAUGCGGUGGCGGUUCCAUUUUGCUAUACAUUAGGUACAUUCAACCCUAUUUGGAGUGCGGUCGCAUCAUAUAAUUGAUUAAUUAUAUUAAGACUAGAUAUUUCAUUAUCCCC